CCACCCACCCCGCCUCGCACACUCUUCUUUCUUAGGUUCCCAUCCAUCCUUCCACCUCUAUGCAUACGCCACUUGUGUUUCUUUUGAUUUUAGUAGACUGUCGGUGUCCGCCUAAUUCCUUACGUUUUGAUUUCUCGCCUCUUUAAACCCUGAGACAAUCAUUGCCACCCCUAGUAGCUUGUCUCAGCAGGCUCCCUCUUGUACGUCAGCACGUCUACCGUGACCGCCGGCAUAUUUGUACAACCUCUGUCGUCUUCCUGGUUUCUUUACGACCAGCACCUACCUGGCCCAGGAAACGAGCCGCCAUAACCCCACCAUGUCGGGUAUCGACUUCGCCCGUCUGCGCAAUCAGACCCUGGCCGACGGCCAGGACAGCGAAGUCACUGUUAACACCAGAGCUCUGAUUGACAAAGUUCUGGCCCGAUACUCUAGCGAGCAUACCACGCUGCGAGAGUUGAUCCAGAAUGCAUCCGACGCUGGAGCCAGCACCGUUGUGAUCAAAUUUGAAACGGAUCCAUCAUCCACGGUACCGGUGCCUCAGGGUGCCGACAGAUGCAUGCUUCUGAAGCAUACUAUUCAGCAGCACACCUUGAAACGGUUGACCGUCUCCAACAAUGGACAACCUUUCUCUACCGCAGACUGGAGCCGGCUGAAGAGUAUAGCAGAUGGGAACCCGGAUGAGACUAAGAUAGGUGCGUUUGGCGUAGGCUUCUACAGCGUGUUCUCUGACUGCGACGAGCCAUUUGUUGUCUCUGGGCAGAAGACGAUGGCUUUUUAUUGGAAAGGCAACACCCUUUCUACAAAGAUGGCCACGAUUCCUCCCGAACAGAGCUCUGGCAAUACCACGUUUUUCCUGGACUACCGCCAAGCAAACCCUGCGUCACCGUCCUUCAGUCCAUCCAAAAUACCCAACUUGCCUACCUUAUGUCAGUUUCUUGCGACUAGCCUGACUUUUGUCGGUCUGCAAUCAAUUGAGCUCCAUCUGGACGAUUUCAAAGUCGCUACAUUUCUCAAGAAAACAUCCCCUCCAACUGAGAUAUCCUUGCCACACGGGCUAAAGCCGACCACUGAAGGUGGACUUUUGACGGUGUCCAAGGUCACCUUACAACAUUCCCAGCUAGAAGCGGAGUGGAGCAACGUUGUGGCGACUGCCCAAAAUCCCCCGAGGCGAGCUGCCGAGGUGGUGCAUUCCGAGAUAAGGCAGGCUGGUUCUGCUUUGAAGAGCUUCUUCUCUAGGUUUUCUACUCCGCCAGUCCAGGCUUCAUCAAAGCCUACCAAAUCCGUAGCACCCCAGGACGUGCCUUCAACCAGCGGUGAAGAUAUAUCCGGGGAAUCCAAAGGCGUGAUCUUCUUGCAGGUGUUGACGGUGGAGGUGCAGAGCAAAGUCUCGACAAAGUUCUCCGCAGAGAUUGAGCGAGCAACAAAAAAGCCCCCACCGCGUACAACUCGUGUCGCUCUUCUGACGUCUCCCUUUCAUGGUCCCACGGAGACGCUCUCGUCUAAAUCUGGUAACACAGCCAAUCUGGCCACUAAGAUCUUUCAGCAAGUUCUCCCAAACACUGACGGCCGUAUCUUCAUUGGAUUCCCAACAGCGCAGACCACGCCUUUCCUCGCUCAUAUCUCGGCGCCUUCGCUCAUCCCCACGGUGGAACGCGAGAACGUCGACAUGAAUGCGCGAUAUAUCAGCACCUGGAACACUGAACUGCUCCGCGUCGCGGGGCUAGCUUGUCGUGUAUCAUACAGUUUAGACAUGGCCACUUUACGUGACAGAGCAGACAAGGAGCCCAUAAGCGCUCUGAUUCCGCAAGCCGCCUACAUAUGCAGGCAAUUCACCGUUAGGAAAUCUCACCCUUCUACAGUGCUGGGCGACAGAGUGGUCGAGGCUUUUUUCGACUGCUCGAAAGAUCGUUCCAUCUCGAUUCUCGCCUCUACUGGUAUCAAAUCCAGCAACCGCGUUCGCAUGCCUGCAGAAACGUUAAGCUUCUUGAAAGAUGUGCCUAUGGUGCCUCAGGAGCUUGCCACCGAAGCGGUAGAAUUCUUUGUCCAGCUGCACAACCGGGGAUUCAUCUCUGAGCUUACUAUGGAGGAUAUUCGGGAUGGGCUAGACUCCCGGGCACUGACCGAAGAAGAACUGGUUGAGUUUUUGCGCUGGUGUGGCACCAAAUUGGAAAGCGGCGAACUGGAUCAAUCAAGUGUACGCGCCUUGUUCGAUGUUACGGUCGCGAACAUCGGUGUCGAAGCCAACGGCGACUCAGGCAAGAUCCUUUCAUUGGCGGGUAUCAAGUCUUUCGUAAAUGCAGCGAGGACUAUACCCGGGUUGCCGGUGCCGCCAGACACGAUUCCCUUCAACCUGUCCAAAGGGCUCCCUACAAAGCAGCUUAUGAUGUUCAGUUGGACAGAACUGCACAUAGUCCGUUGGUUGCAAUUUCUGACAUCCGACCCUCAGCUUGGUCAGUUGACCACAACAGAGAGCGUCGCGAUGCAAGUUCUUGGUUCAGCUGCAAAGGCCUGGGAUCAGUUGGACAAUGCAUCAAAGGAGGCUCUCGUCAAGACUCUAACGCUACAUGCUGUUAUGCCCACCAAGAUGGGAAUGCGUCGGCCUGCAGAAUCCUACUUUCCCUCGGUCAAACUUUUCGAUGAUCUGCCCACCGUCAAACAGUUUGCCGGCUCGAAGGAGAAGUUUCUGAUGGCAUUGGGCGUGCGCAAGACCGUGGACCUGCCUACAGUUUUCGAUCGCCUGAAGAAGCGCGACGCUUCCUUGAACCACGGGGACCUGAUCCGAUAUUUUGCGUCUGUGAUUGAUGAGAUACCUGCGAACGACCUCAACCAGCUGCGUCUCACCCCAUUCCUUCCCGGGGAGGGUGCUUCUGUGAAACAAAAUACUGUCUUUCAAGCCAGGGAUUUGUAUGCGCCCAGCCCUGCGGUGCUCAGCUUUGGUCUCAAUCAAGUAAAGUUACCCUUCGAAUUUCGGGCCAACUCUAGAGAGGCCAACUUUCUUUUCAAGCUGGGUCUGAAGCGGUAUCCAAGUUCGAUCACCAUCUGCAGCAUUAUGCACCGAGCCGGGCAGACGAACAACCUGCAACUUUGGACUCGGGCCAUGCAAUACUUUCUGGAGAACUAUUUCAGUAAUGGGUACGGCGCAGAGCGCCGUGACGUCGAGGCAAUUCGCUACGGGUUUCUUCCCACUGAGCAAGCUCCCUUCCCCAAUUUGGUUGCUCCAUUCCAGUGUUUCACCAACUCAAAGGCUGGCUGUCUAGGCUAUGCAAUACUGAGGGAGGACCUUCGACCUCACGCAGAUAAAUUUGCUGUACAUCAAGACCCCGAUAUCAAAGACUGUGUGCAGCGUCUGCUCAAAUCUCCCCCUGCUUCCAAGUUGACUGCUGAGGAGACCUUCGCGUAUCUGGGUACCCGUGCAGGUGAAUUUGACAACUUGGCAAACCGCUCUUUGAUCCAGCAGAUAUCGUCUGCCAAAAUCGUUCCCAUCUUCCGUAGGUACUACGUUGAUUCACACUCACCAGGGUUCGAGGAUCGGAACAGACGCCAAACAGGAAAAUCCGAAAUGAGGAUCCACCAUUACGACACUCCGGAAACUGUAUUCGUUGGAAUGGAUGAGGCAUAUCGGGGUAUCAUUGACUAUGUUCAUUAUAACGGGGAGGCUACAGCGUUUUUGCUGAAGGUCGGGGCAAAGCACGAACCAAGCAGUCACGACCUCGCGUCGCUGUUGUGCGAUAAUCCGUUACGUUUCCUCAACACAAUCGGACAGGAACGUUAUCUCGAUCUCCUGCGCAAACUAGCUGAGAACGCCGAAGGACUUUGGAAAGACAAAGAGUUGGUGGCCAGAAUGGGUACAUCUCCCAUUCUUCUUGGGUAUCGCGAUAUCAAAGAGGACGCCAAGAAACUUGUCUCAGUUGAAGAGGAAGAUUCGAGCGACCUGGAGGACAUGGAUUUCCAACGCGAAUGGAGCCUUAAUAGGGCCAGUGAGGUAGUCAUUAUCGACGAGGUGCAGGCAAUGACCAGAUUUCGGGACUAUAUCAUCGUCGCGCCCCUCGAGGAGCAACUGGAAGAGUUCUAUGCGAAACUCGGAGUCAAAAAAAUAUCGGAACUUGUGAAGGCGGAGCGUCGCAUAGGUGUGGCGACCCGAGAUCAAAGUCAAGCGCAGAAGCUCCUCAAGGAUAUCCUUGAGCGAGCAAGGCUGUUCCUCCACGAAUAUGAGAGGGAUGGUUCUAGGAAGAGUAUUCGACACGACGCGCGAUGGCUGGCAUCAAACCUUCAAGUUCAAUGCGUAUCUGACAUCUCGAUUCGAUACACACUCGCCGCACGCAAUGUGACAACCUCGUCUACCAAAACUGCGGCUAUCGUAAAAAAACAAGGGGGUGGCUACGUGCUGAAUAUAACCCCGAGUUAUGAUCUUUACGAGGUCUCCACCGACCUGACCAGAAUCAUGAUCAAUAGGCCGAAGCGCAACGAUGCUAUAGCACUGGAACGGAUUCUUACCGAGCCUCUGAAACGCUUGCAAGCAAAGGGUAUCAACGUCGAGCGGAUCCUCCGCCGCAAGGAGCAGGAGGCUCGCAUUGCGAAACAGCAUGAGCUUGAACGCGAACAGGAGGAAAAACAACACCUAGCGGAGCAGGCGAGGGCCAAUCACUCGUCUCAGCUUGAUAUGAAAGCCGAUGCCAAAAUGGACAAAGAGAACACCCAACAGCCAGCCAUCAAGACCCCAGAGAAAACCCAGCAUAUGCCAGGAGCUUUUGGCACACCAGAUCAUGCGGAACACGCCAACAACCGUAACGCCAGCGAUAACUUCAUCAGUAGAUGGACCAAGGAGAUCUUUGGGAACAGGCCCGGGUCGCCAUCAGUUCCACGCAGGGGUCCUCAAGAGCCCCAAGGGCCCCAGAUCGAUAAGGACGUCCAGAGCACAAGAGCCAACAUUGCCAACGCAAUACGGGACUGUCGACCGGUCGGUACGUCCCAUAUCAAUGCUCGUCAGCACCAAGAUCCGACCGAACUCGACAAUGGAGGCUACUGCAGUGGUGAACAAUGGCACAACCUACACAAAGCCUUUACCAGAAACAUCAGCGGAACCACGGUGGACGUCUACUUUGGCAAAGACCAAACCGAGACGGCCCAGGAUCUGGAGGUUCCGCUAGGCCACUUCCUACACAUCAUCUUCAACUUGACGCGCGUCUUUGGUGUGGACCCCUCGGCCGUCAACAUCUUCCUCGACGGAAGCUCUAAUACAGUUGCAUUCAAUAUGAAUGGAAGUCUGUUCUUCAACCUCGGCUGGUUCAUGGCGCUGCACGGACCCAAGUUCACAACACCGGAGGGGAGAGAGCGUGCGAUGGAUAGCUGGUUCCUGACGUAUUGCCACGAGUUGGCGCAUAAUCUCGUGUCCGAUCAUAACGCCCGUCAUAAUUGGUAUAAUCAGCAGAUUGCGAUCGAGUAUAGCCCAAAGUAUAGGCAGAUGUUGAAAGCGGUAACGGAGGAUGUUGCUGCUACCCGGCUGCUGAACUAAGGAGCCAGAGAUGCCGGAGAGGAAGGGAGAUGGAGGGUUAGGCUUCUUCGGCACCACUUCCGUUCUUCAUUUGUGCUUUCGGGUUGCAUACAUGGCAUUGAGCGAGGGCGCGCGCAUCUAUGUACUUUACGGUUCAUUCGCAUGUAUAGAGGGGUUGCAAAUCUGCAAGAUGGUAGACGCAAUAGAUUUCAUUCGGCA